UGUCGAACUACAACAAAAACGCAACUGGUAAUUGGUAAAAGCGUCGUUUGCUUCCGUUUAUCUCAUCUACAGAUAGUUAUACCGUACAAGGUUUAUAGAUAGAAGUAUGCUUUUGCAAUAAAGGUGUGCCGCUACUCUAAUAGCUGAAUGCAUGUACAUACAUUAAUCAAUCCACCCGGUGCAGCCGUUUAUAAACGGCUGCUUUGCGAUUUCCAGUUACGGUAAAUGGUUUGCGGAACUGUUUGCGACUGAAAGUCGUUGUGUUGGCUGUUGCUGCUCUACUCUGACCAACAAUUUCAGCUUUCGCGCGUUGCUUCGAAAAGCUGAACUCGCGACUUGCCAAUGAUUUUUGAGCGAACACAAGGGCCAAUAUGUCUGUUCUGACAACGAGUUCCAGGGAUGAUUUCUUUAUAGAAAAGACUGCGAUGGACGUGGGAGCUGUUCGCCUUCGUCGGAGUCGCUCAUGCAACCUCACAACACUGGCAGACGAUUUCAGUCAAAAAGUCAAACUGGCUGUUGAGAAGCGACGACUCCUCCAGUCUUGCGCUAACCAAAUCAGGAAUUCUAUUUUCUUCUGUGGUGUUCGCAGUGUUUUAAUUUCGGUGGCAAUUCUUGGAUAUUACCGGUGCAUGCUGAUCAUUGACAAUGAACAAUCCCGGCAUCCGAAAAGUUUCCGUGUGUGCAUUGCAUUAGUGCUGAAUGGAUGCUUUCUCCUGACGAUAAGCGACUUCGUCUGUUGCAUGCUGAGCUGGAAUCUCCUUCGAACAAUGCAGUGCGGAUCCUGGCUGGCAGCCACCCUGCUCAGUACCGACCAAGAGUCUGCCUUGCGACGCGUCUGGGACGACUGCAGUCGUUUGGCAUCUCACAUGGAACUGCGCAGUAUGUUGUGCUCCUCAGCCGGUGGGCUCAUGGAUUUCAUAUUUCUGGUGUCCCGGUUUUAUCUGGACCUUCUGUUUAUGGAUGCAUGGGUGGCGUUCCUUACCGGAUGGCUAAGGUCACCGGAAGUGGAUCUGGCCGGGCGGGAGUUCCAUGUGGUCGGCUGGCCGUUCAUUGCCACAUCCAUGUACAGUGCCAGCGUCGCUGAAAGGAGCCGCAAAACGGCGCGGGACUUGUUGAAGAUACUCCGCAAGGAGUUCACUCCGGGAUACACGGAAGAUCCACCACCAGGUGACCUGGAUGUUACUAACGAAAUUCUCCGGGAGGUGUCGAAAAGGCUGGCGUUCUGUAGCAGUGUGAUCAUGCGCUAUUCGUAUGCUUUCGGCGUUGUGACUCUUCAACUGCUGAAGCGAAAGGAGGUCUACUGCAUAAAUGACUAGACGAACUAAGCGCUAUGAACGACGGUGGAAUAUUUUUUGGUUUGACAACGCAAUACGGUCUCAGAGCGAGACUGGAUACAUUAAUAAUUUCGUGCCACAUAAACUUUCAUAAUAGCCCCACCGUUUAAAAGAACAAUUCAUGUUUGCUGUUGGAGUGAUGCUUUUAUAAGUAUAUGUAUACUGUCUGUGUAUUAAUAUUUAGGCUGAUCGACGAUGAUUUAAGAUUUUUUAAUGCACAAAUGGUUAUUUCCGUCUUAUUCGGCCAGAAAUUUGAAUUUGUUACUAGUCCUGGUACAGCAUGUUACAUGUAAAGUCCCUUGUUUUAAAAUUCAAAGAAAUGAAGCUUAAGAUCUUUCA